AUGGAUCCCACCAAGACCGGUAGCGAAAUGAUCGAACAUGCCGCCCCGAAGCAGCAGCCCACGACCUCCACCAAGACCGACGGGCCCGUGAUGCGCUCUCGGACGGAUGGUCUGUCCGUCUGGCAGUGCGCGCGGCGGUUCAAGCUCGUGUCACUGGUUGCCAUGGCGGCUGCCUUUAGCGCCUCGCUGGAUGGAUACCAAAUCAACCUGAACGGCGGCAUUGUCGCCAACAAGGGGUUCAUCAGACAGAUGGCUCCAAAGGGCUCGACAAUCAUGCCGGGCCAGUAUGUCUCGGCGUGGGGUGGCAUUCAAUCCGCCGGCCAAUUUGUCGGCCAAGUGCUGCUUCAAUAUGCCACCGAUAAACUGGGCCGGAAGAUAGCUCUUUACAUUAUCUGGUUGACUCUCGUCGUGAGCGUGUUAAUUGAAUCCUUUGCGUCUGAAUGGCAGCAUUGGCUUGUGGCCAAGCUCUUCUCGGGCAUAGGUGUCGGCAUGCUGCAGUGUACCCUGCCCCUCUACCUCUCCGAGAUUGCCCCAACCCAGUUGCGAGGUUUCUAUAUCAACGCAUACAGUUUCUGGUUUGUGAUCGGUCAAAUCUUUGCCUCUGUCGCUCUCAACCAAAUGAAUGAGUUAGAGCCGUACAAUUUCCGAACUCCGAUCUAUUCGCAGUGGGCGAUGCUCGGCGCGACAAUCAUCAUCUUCUUUUUGAUCCCGGAGUCGCCCUGGUGGCUUGUAACCAAGGGAAAGCUGGACGGAGCAGGCAAGAUCUUGCAAAGAUAUAAUGGCCGCAUCGCCGGCUACGAUGUCCAAGAACAGAUUGAAGUCAUGAAUGCAACCGUGGCCGCAGAGAAGGUUGUUGCAGAGCGCAAUUCAGAAGAAGGCCAGUGGGCCGUCUUCCGUGGUCGCAACUUUAUCCGAUUCAUCAUCGCCAGCUGGCCGAAGGUUACCCAGCAAUUUGUGGGCUUAGCUGUAUUCAAUAGCUACGCCACUUAUUUCUUCCAAUACGCAGGCAACAAGAAUCCGUUCCUGGUGACGGUCAUCCUUUCCUGCGUGCAGUUAGUCUCGAUGAUGAUCUCCGCGACGACUACCGACAGGUUCGGUCGUCGGCCGUUGACGGUUUACCCAUAUGCAGUGACGACAGUGUCUGUGCUGUGUCUGGGUAUCAUCGGAUGCUUCAAUUAUACCAAGCCGUCCACAAGCGCACUUCUGAUCUUCUUUGCGUGUUUGGCUACCUUCUCCACGACUGGUGCCUCGGCUAUCGGAUACGCCUAUGCGGCUGAGAUUCCGACCCAGCGCUUACGUGCAAAGACGGCAGGGUGGGCCCUUGCGUUCUCCAAUUUGAUUGCCAUCAUGUUCAGCUUCACCGUCCCCGAUAUGAUUGACGGACCCGUUACUAAAUGGGGUGUCAAGACUGGGUUCUUCUUCGCCGUGACUGGUACAAUAUCCGUCAUUAUAUCCUGGUUCAUCUUGCCGGAGGUGGCGUGUCGCACACCGGCUGAAGUGGACGAAAUGUUCGAAAAGAGGGUCAAUCUCCGGAAGUUCAAGAAUCACGUGACCGAGGUGGAGAUGCAUGCGAAUGAGCUACAUAAUGAAAAAGCGCAAAUAGCUUGA